GCUGGCCACGCCCGGCCGGGCCCGGCGCUGCGAGCGGCUGCGGUGCCGCCGGUGCGGGCCGGGCCCGUCCGGUGCGGGCGGCUGUGCCGGCCGGGCCAUGGGCAGCUGGCGGCGGGACGGGCGGGUGACCGCGCUGCAGCGGCUGGGCUGCGCCGGGCUGGCGGGCGCGCUGAGCCUCAGCCUGACGGCGCCGCUGGAGCUGCUGACGGUGCUGGCGCAGGUGGGCACCUGGCACUGCCGGCGGGGGCUGCGCGGCGCCCCGCACCGCCUCUGCCGCGCCGAGGGCCUGCGGGCCCUCUGGAAGGGGAACCUGACCGCCUGCCUGCGGCUCUGCCCCUACAGCGCGCUGCAGCUCGCGGCCUCCCGCCGACUUGUUAUACUUUUCACGGACGAGUUGGGUCAUAUUUCCCACUGGAGAGCCAUCAUGGCAGGAAGUCUGGCUGGCAUGGUUGCAACCAUUGUGACUUACCCCACUGAUGUAAUUAAAACACGGCUCAUUGUGCAGAACCGACUGGAACCAUCUUACAAAGGAAUUCUUCAUGCUUUUUACAAAAUUUAUCAUCAAGAAGGACUCCUUGCACUCUAUCGUGGCGUUUCACCAGCCAUAUUAGGUGCUGUCCCAUUUUCUGCAGGCUCAUUCUUUGUUUACAUCAAUCUGGACAAAAUCUGGCAAAAACCCAUAGUUCAUUUUACUCCUCUUCAGAACUUCAUAAAUGGCUGUGUGGCUGCUGCUGUGGCACAGACACUUUCUUUCCCCUUUGAGACUGUCAAGAGGAAGAUGCAGGCCCAGAGUCCUUGGCUUCCCCACUAUGGAGCAGUUGAUGUCCAUUUUACUGGCAUGGUUGACUGUUUCCGGCAAACUGUGAAGAACAAGGGUGUGCUUGGACUUUGGAGUGGGCUCACACCCAGUCUGCUCAAGAUUGUCCCAUACUUUGGUGUGAUGUUUAGCACCUUUGAAUUCUGCAAGCGGGUCUGUCUGUACAGAAAUGGUUAUAUUGAAUCUCCUUUAAAUUACAAGCUAACUCCUGGUGUGGACCAGAGUUUACAGCCACAAGAACUCAGAGAAUUAAAGCUCCUCCCAAGGGCAAAUUUUGAGCCAAGUAAAUCAGCUCUUGAAAACUGACAUUGGAGUGUCUGCUGCAGAUACACACACUGCCUUUCUUUAGGAGCUUCGUAAGAAGGACAUGCUGAACUACAGGUACCAGCAUCUCAGCAGAUUGUGUGGUUGUGGUACUGAAACACCAGUGCCAGGAAUGAGUAAGUCUUGUAUCUCAUUUACUGAAUGGAUAUAAACAAUGUGAAUAGCAAGCAUAUACUGAAGAGGAGAGAUGCAACUAGCUUGAAAAAGCUAUGUGAUUGGAACUUGAAAUUACAGUAUUCUAGGUGCUUUUCAAUACUGAAUAGCCAUUUUGAGAUAAAACCACUUGCAGAAAGGCAAGAGAACUGAGAUAAAAGCAUAAAUUGUGUCUUCAAAGAUAUUAAGCAAAUUCAAAUGUUUUUUUUUAAGGAAUCUGAGAUACCGAGCCAGCAAAAAAUUAUGAACAGACCAGAAUGCAUCCAACAUGCAAGAAUUUAUACUGAAAUCUUUUUUCUAAUGGUACUAUGUGGAGAUAGCAUUCUGCUGAUGCAGAGCUAGGCUCAGUUUGGUCACACUCCAAAAUCCACUCUUCAGUUUUUGAGACUUACUUGAGAAUAAUGUUUUGUAUUAAUUUUGGGUGUAAAGAUAAAAUAUGCUGCUGCAACUGUGCUUUUGCUAAGAGAGAACUGCAAUGUGCAAAAUGAGCUGUCAUACACUGGAAUGACAAUCUUGCAAACUUAAGUGCAUACUAGAAUAUAAUUCUCCCCUUUCUCCUAUGUUGUUACUGCAUGUACAUUAGUUAUUUCAGGCUUUGACAAGCAGUUUUCUUGAAGUUCUCUACCUGAAGUAUUUCCCGAAGAAUGCCAUUCGUAAAUGUGUUAGAUAAUUCAGAGCCACAGGCCUUGUCAUGUUUUGGUAUUGUUAAAGCUCUAUUUUUAUAUUAAACUACUUUUUAACUUCUUUGCACAGACCCAGGCCAACUGUGCUGCUCAGAACUUGCCAGCAGAAUAUCACUGCACACAACCUGUGAUUUUUCUUUUUCCACUUAAGUGCUGUGACCCAGCAGCCACAGAUAGUUUCUGUAGAUACGAACGAUUCUGCAAGACCACUAGGUUGUUGCCAGUGCAAUUGAUAGGCCUCUCACCACUCUGGGGAGCUUUUGGGCAAUAAAAGAUCAUCUUGGCAUUAUAA